GAGAGUACCAAAUAUGAAAAACAGACUGUCAAGUGACACGUCCCCACUUUUGACCCGAGCAAAGAGGAAGUGGCAAGGUUUGCAUGUAUGUCCCAGACAAGAGGAGUGUUAGAUUACAUUUGAAGGCUUCUGCAGACAUUAAAUUACUGAAAGAUAAAUAAUUCUACUGAUAAUUUAUCAAAGGGGAUCUGCAGGAAUAGCAACUCAGACCCGCAGUGAUAAAAAAGAGAAGGCUGGGGAGGAGAUGACUGUUCUGUGCCUUGUGUAUUACACUUCAGCAUUAAAAGUUACAUAAAGUGGCAAUAUAUUUUUCAGCAGAAAACCUCACCGGUUAUGUUAUUUAUUUUAUCCUAAUUCUGUAUCAUGAGGAAAAAUUAUUUCAAUGGCUUAUAUAUGUGUAAGUUAUGAAAAGUUAUAUGUAAAGGGGGUAGAAACAUGUUUGAAAUUGAACUGUGGAUAUGAUUCAAUAGUUAACUUAUUUCCUAAAUGAAUGAGAAAGGAAACAGGUUUCUGCAAGCUUCUGCUCUCACUUCCUUUUGAGAGAACACAGAGACACUAUCCCAGAAAGAACGGGGCUGUUGUGCGCUCUCAUCUCAGGCAAUCAUGGGUAACUGGGUGGAGAAUGAAGGACUGUCCAUCUUUGUUGUUCUUGUGUGGCUGGGGUUAAAUGUCUUCCUCUUUUGGUGGUUCUAUCUCGCGUAUGAUCUCCCACCAAAAUUCUUCUACACCAGAAAACUCCUUGGUCAUGCCUUGGCUCUGGCAAGGGCUCCUGCAGCUUGUCUGAAUUUCAACUGCAUGCUGAUUCUGCUGCCAGUAUGUCGAAACUUGCUCUCCUUCCUCAGAGGAUCAAGUGCGUGCUGCUCCACCCGUGUCAGACGGCAGCUGGACAGGAACCUCACCUUUCACAAAAUGGUGGCAUGGAUGAUCGCCCUUCAUACGGCCAUUCACACCAUUGCACACUUAUUCAAUGUAGAGUGGAGUGUGGAAGCACGCGUUGAUGAGAAAAAUACUCUGACAACUGCGCUCUCGAAACUUGGUGAUAAGCCAGAAGAAAGCUAUGUCAAUUUUUUUAGGCAAACCAUUCCGAAUCCCGUGGGGGGCUUAUAUGUGGCUUUCACAUACUUGGCUGGUCUCACUGGUGUUAUCAUCACUCUGGCCCUCAUACUAAUCAUCACGUCGUCCACCAAAACCAUCAGAAGGUCGUAUUUUGAAGUAUUUUGGUACACACAUCAUCUCUUUGUCGUCUUCUUUAUUGGCCUUGUCAUCCAUGGUGCUGGGCGAAUUGUACGUGGACAAACUGCUGAGAGUCUGGCUGAACAUAAUCCAGAGAUUUGCUUUAAGAACUUCAGUGUCUGGGGGAGAAAAGGAGCUUGCCCAAUCCCCCAGUUUUCAGGGAAUCCUCCUAUGACAUGGAAGUGGGUAGUGGGUCCCAUGUUUUUGUACCUCUGUGAGAGGCUGGUGCGGUUUUGGAGGUCACAGCAGAAGGUUGUUAUCACAAAGGUGGUGAUUCAUCCUUUCAAGACGAUUGAGCUCCAGAUGAUGAAGAAGGGUUUCAAGAUGGAGGUUGGACAAUACAUUUUUGUCAAAUGCCCAGCAGUGUCUAAACUGGAAUGGCAUCCAUUCACUCUAACCUCUGCCCCAGAAGAGGAUUACUUCAGUAUUCAUGUCCGUAUUGUGGGGGACUGGACAGAGGGCUUGUUCAAUGCCUGUGGAUGUGACAAGCAAGAAUUCCAGGAGGCCUGGAAGUUGCCCAAGAUAGCUGUGGACGGCCCCUUUGGAACUGCCAGUGAGGACGUAUUCAGUUAUGAAACUGUUAUGCUUGUUGGAGCUGGGAUAGGGGUCACACCAUUUGCAUCUGUGCUCAAAUCUGUCUGGUACAAAUACUGCCACGAUGCGACCAACCUAAAACUUAAGAAGAUCUAUUUUUACUGGCUAUGCCGGGACACUCAUGCCUUUGAAUGGUUUGCUGACCUCUUGCAGUCUCUGGAGACUCAAAUGCAGGAGAGAAAUAACGCAGAGUUUCUCAGCUAUAACAUCUACCUUACAGGCUGGGAUGAAUCUCAGGCCACUCAUUUUGUAGUGCAUCAUGAAGAAGAGAAGGAUGUGAUUACAGGCCUUAAACAGAAAACCUUGUAUGGAAGACCUAACUGGGAAAAUGAGUUCAAAACCAUUGCAAGGCAGCAUCCAGGUUCCAGAAUAGGUGUUUUUCUGUGUGGACCUGAGGGCCUAGCUGACACGCUCAACAAGCAGAGCAUCAGUAACUCGGAAGCUGACCCACGAGGAGUACACUUCAUCUUUAACAAGGAAAACUUCUAACUCCCAAAUAUGUGGCAGUCGUUCAUUCAAUACAAAGUCUAAAGACUGGAUCUCUUUUUCUGGGAAGAGCAGCCCAGCUUCUAAUCCCAGUUACACAAAUGCAUAUCCCUUUGCUUCUUUGGAAUUAUUCUGGCGCUGCGGUAGAGUAGGAGUCAAGGUUUACUUUAAGAAAGUUUGCACUGCCUGCCCACCCACCCCCCAACACGCUGGCAAUUUAGCAAAAAUUUACCCUUCAUCUGUGUGAGGGGAAUUCCCCUCGACUGUCUUUAUCCUCCUGUUAUUCAUAAUGACUGCUGAAGGUUCAAGGCAGCCAUAUGCAUUUGGGAACCAACUCACACAGAGAAAGCUUAAUGCUAUUAAACGAUAAAGCAUUCUGGCAUAAUGCUUGCUAUUAAGAGACAGCUUAUCCUGGCUACAGGGAGUCUCUGGAAUGAGGGAGGACUUAGGGAAAGGUGAGUAGGAAGAAUUGGACCUUACAACAGAAAAUCUGCUUUGUACACCAGCAUCUCUCAGGCUUCCAGAUACAAGCCUAAAUGCCUCGUCCAAGAGAUAGCAUGGGCAGCUGAAAAGCAGCCAUUUCUCUUUAGGGAAGCAGAGAAGUGAAAAUGAACCACCUGGAUGUCAGAGCACCGCUGGCACCAUCGCCCAGCUGCAGCGGGGACCAUGAGGCCGGUGCCAAACCAAGUCCUCCACUCAGUCUGUAAGCCAUCGCUCAGCUGCUUCAAACUGUCUCAGUUUCACAUCUCUAAAUUUCUGACUUCAAGGCUGAAAGAACUCAUCACUGAAUGGUUUAAUGGCUCUUUUGUGAAGCAUUUUAAAAUGCACACAGGGCUGUUGGCCCUCGUUCAGCUGCUCCUCUUUGACAAUAGUGAGAUAGGUUUGAGAAAGCAAAUACCAUGGGGACAGUAGCUGGAAGACAUAUGAAUAAAGCUUGCAUGUGUGCAAGAAACCCAUACAAAGCACAGUGCUUCUGUACGUACAGUACUGGUAACAGGUUAUUAAAAAAAA